AUGCCUGUCCGUUUGUUAAGUGGUGCAGAAGUUAUGUCUGUGGCAUUGGCUUCUCUUAUAUACCCCAAGUAUGGAAUUAAGACAUAUGUGCCAUAUAUCAACCAGCUGUUCCCACUAAAUCUAAAUGGAAGCCAUAUUUGGCAAUGUGGUCAAAGGCACUGCUUACUUGUGGCUGCCAGCAACCCAUUCUCCUUUCCUAGACCAGUGCUACUGCCAAAAAUCCAAAUUUUGGAUGAGGGGGAAAUUUCAAAAGCAAGGGUGCAGUGCCAUCUUGCUGAUGCUGAGACAGUUGCUGGAUUAUUUGCUGAGUCAUGUGUUUCUCUAUCUGUAAUUUGCCCAAAGAAGUUCCCAAGGCUCAGAGCUAUAUAUAAUGCGGGAAACUUAAAUCACCAGGCCACUGAAUUUUGUGCUAGAGAUGCUAAGAAUCCUCAGUAUCUUGUCCUACUUUCGCAGAAUUUUGGGGCGGCUCAUGCUGCUCUCAAUCAGCUCAGUGACUUCUCACUCCCUUGGAAUUUAACAGAUGAUGAUAUGAUGAUACUCCAGAAUAUAUUCUGUGAACCAUCGACGACUCAGCAAGACAUUCCCACAGCUUUCUUUCCAACUACAGCUGCAUUACCAAAUGGAGAGGGCAAAAAUUGGAAUGAUGUUGAUGAAGUAGAGAUGUACCAGGAUAUACUGGAUGAGAUGAUAACUGAGCAGCAAGAAAUAAAUAGUUGUACUUCAACUGCACAACCAGAAAAAGGAAAGACAAGUGUUGAGGAUGGUGUUGACAUCAUGAUGCUAAGAGAAAAAAAGAUUGAACACACACCAAGUGAGCAAGAAAUUUCGGCUACAGAAUUUGUUGCAAUAGAUGUCCCUACUAGUGCACGAGAAGGGGGUUCAAAUGCUGCAAUGUCCAACGAACCAGGGUCUGCAUUUGCAGAGUGUUCAAAUAAUCCAGAUAACACUUACAAAAGAGUUCCCAGCGUGCUGACAUCUUCGCACUCUUUCACUUCUCAAGAACAUAUUGGACUUGACGAGUUUAAAGUGGAACUUACACCAGCAGGAAUUGUUUUGUCACAAAACGUAAUUCCCAGAGAUCAUGCAGAAGAAAAUGCAAGCCUCCAAAGUAACCUUUAUCCACAUCAAGUGAUGAAUCCAACUUCCGUAAGAACAGGUGGAAGUCCUGCAUCUCCAACAAUCAGGAGAGGAAAUAAGCUCUCUCAUCAGACAAUGUGGUCACUAACAGUUAACUCGAACACAGUCUUGACGACACCACAAACUGCACAAUAUGCAGAUAGUGGUUCAAGUGCUGCAUUAAAUUCUAACAUAUCUGGAAACUUGAAGUUUUCACAACCUUCAGUGAUUCACACAGUGGGUUGUUUUACACUUAAUCUUCGUCAGACCAUGCAAUCAAGGAACAAAUCAAUAUCAUUAGGGAAGGAUCAACAAGGUGGACAUAACACCAGGAUUGCUUCAUCUGUUUCAGAAGCUUCAAACUUUUACGAAAAUAUAAAGAUAUCACAGCGUUUAGCAAAUCUUCAAGGUCGCAUGAUUAGCAGUUAUUUAUCUCCUAGCAUGAUACAGGAACACUUUUCAAGGGCACAAAUGCAGCAAGAUGUCAACGGCAAGAAACGUAAACAUUUUACUGCCUUCAGUCGACUGAGUAUGACAAAUGAGUCAGGAAUUGUAAUUCCUGCAAUGGAGAAAUCAGAAAGAUUCCAAGGGGAAAUUGAGUCUUCUGCCAAUAGUUUGGACAACAAAACAACCUUUUCACAGAUGAGCAGAGUGCAGCCAGAACCGCCAAAUGGAUACACAAAGGAAUGGGAGGGAUAUUUAACUUCAAAGGACCGUGGACAAGCUGCAGUUGUGAGUAAAUUAGUGGCCUACAGGAAGACAUCUAAUUCUGGGAGGCUUGCUACUAAUUGGCCGCUUACACUGCACAUGGAUCAGCUAAUAUCACAGAACUACCUGAACAACAUCCCUCAUAAAGGCCAUGUGGAGUAUCUGAUCUUUGAUGCCAUGAAUCCUUGCACAAAACUCAAUGAACUGGAGGAAAAAAGGCUCUGCAUGUAUAUCAAAUUGCCUCAACAGACUUUGAUACUCUCAUUUUCCAACACAAAAUUGCGCUUAAUUGGAACACUUUAUCCUGAGGAUUUUCAACUAUUCAAGCACCAAAUAUACAGUCCGCAGUAG